GGACUUUUAGUCGUGCAAUCUGUUCGAUCUUUACAAUCCACAGCCUUGUAGUUGUGACCCAGCUCAGCAGACCGCCGGACAACCCAGGAAUCGGUGGUUUCCAGCCCAAUCAGACGCCCGUUUCUGCAUCAACCAAUUCCCGCCCAAUUCCCCCGGUUACCAUAGGCCCAUGCCGCUUUGCCCUGAAGACCUUCUUCCUUGAAUGAAUAAUCCCGCCUUGGUCAACUUGACACCAAGAUUCUUGGACCUCUUCUUUUGCCGUUUCACUGCUUCGCUUUGAGAAGCAGGUAUGCGGCCAAUUGAGAUCGAGUGUCUUCUAAUUCCAUUGGUUCUAGCAAUUUCCUCCACGGAACGGCACCCGGGAUGUCAAGCCACUUAGCUAGUCUCCGGCGUGCGCAGACGGAUUUCGCAGACGAAACAUCGAGUCCACUCCGCCAUGGAUCAACAGCUUCCACCAGCUCGUCCAUCUACACUGCCUCUACUAAUCCAUUUGUACCCAGUCGCACUAGUACUGUCUCGUCAACUGCGUCAAUUGCGUCCGUGCCCGGUGUUGGCCGUAAACGAGGGAAGAGUGAAUUGAAUAAGAUCCCGUCCGACAGAAUGGCCGGAGAGCGCUCGGAAUUGGGGACCAUAUCUAGUGCGGGUGCAACAUACGAGAAUAUCCGCCGCUCAUUGCGACCACUCUCUCAAGCUCCUAAUGCAUCUCCUCCCUCAACCAAACAGUCCACUUUCCGUCAUGCGCGCAGUCAAACCGUCGACCACCCCCAGUACUGGAAGGAAAAUCGUCCACAAACACCCACCUCUCGUAACGCCUUCCAUCAUGAGACUGAAGAAUCGAAAGAUCCGGACCCGUACGCAGCAACGGCACCCCCGAAGAGCGAAGCGCCUCUUGAGAUGCAACCGCAUCCUGUCUCACCUCGUACCCGACCUCACAUGAAACCGCAACAUUCUCACAGCCUGUCCACGCCCCCACCAAUCACCCACACCCUGUCGACGCCUGAGCUCGAAACCUUCCAAAAGUCAUCGACAGGUCAUCUGCGGACGCUUUCGAAAUUUGCCAAGUCUGGAGAAACAGAUGAGUUUGGUCUGGACACUUACAGCUCCUCUGUUGUAGGAUUGCAGGGAAGACGACGUUUGAAAAGAGCAGACUCGGUGGCUAAAAAAGAUGGCUCUGGCGCUGUGCGCAAGAAGCCCGCAUCAGCCUGGGCGGCAGGCAACUGGAUGGACAAGCAGCGACAGUUCCUACAAGCAUACGAGUACCUGUGUCAUAUCGGAGAAGCUAAAGAGUGGAUUGAAGAGGUAAUCCAGAAGCAGAUUCCUCCGAUCGUGCAACUAGAGGAAGCCCUUCGCGACGGCGUGACUCUUGCGGAAGUGGUACAAGCGAUGAAUCCCAAUCGCACAUUUCGAAUCUUCAGACAUCCCAAGCUGCAAUAUCGACACUCGGAUAACAUCGCUCUUUUCUUCCGAUUUCUGGACGACGUGGAGCUGCCCGAACUGUUCAGGUUCGAACUGAUCGAUUUGUACGAAAAGAAGAACAUACCAAAGGUCAUCCACUGCGUCCAUGCCCUAUCAUGGCUACUGUUCAAGAAAGGUCUGGUUGAGUUUCGCAUGGGCAAUCUCGUGGGUCAACUUGAAUUUGAGCACCACGAGCUGGAGCAAACGCAGAAGGGUCUCGACAAGGCUGGCGUCAGCAUGCCCAGCUUCUCCGGUAUGGCUGCAAAUUUUGGAGCAGAGCCGGAGCCGGAGCCAGAAACCGAAGAAGAGAGAAUAGAACGCGAGUUGCGCGAGAGCGAAGCGUCCAUUGCUGAUUUCCAAGCUCAAAUUCGAGGCGCAAUGACUCGCUUGAAGCUGGGUAACCUCAUGAAUGAUCUUUGGGACUUUGAACCUCUCUUGGUGGAACUGCAGUCUCGACUUCGCGGGGACUGGGCUCGUCAGAUCAUCCAAUAUCGCUUGGAUAUGAAGGCGUUCGCGACCAAUCUUCAAGCGCUCUGUCGAGCAUAUCUUGUAAGGAGCCGCCAAAAUACGGCAGCGCUGAGAGGAGCUUUGCAACGCAAGACUGUUUCUCAAAUGUACGAGGACACGAGAUGCGCCGAAACCGAGAUUCGUCUGCUACAAGCUGCUAUUCGGGGUGCUCUUCAGCGCAGUCGGGUUUCAUCGCAGUUGGAAGCCAUACACUCCACCGAGAAUAGCAUCACCACACUUCAAGCCCUCGUCCGAGGAGCCCUACAGCGCAACCAACUUUCGCAACAGUAUGAAACUGCGCACUCCGCUGAGGACAAAAUCGCGACGCUUCAAGCAUAUAUUAGAGGUGCUUUGCAGCGCAGCAAAUUCUCUCAUUUCACUGAAGCCACCCGGUCAGCCGAAGAUGAGAUCACAACACUCCAGGCAAUCAUCAGAGCUGGCAUCUUGCGGCGAAAGGUGGACGCGCAGCAGGCGGAGAUCCGUACUGCCGAAGCAAGCGCAACGUCCCUACAAGGAGCAAUUCGCGGAAUGCUGACAAGGAAGUCCGUUGCUCAGUUGCAGGAAGCUCUUGCGCUUGAAUCAACUGCCGUUACGACCCUCCAAUCCAUCGCUCGAGGUCGUGCACUAAGAGAGCGCCAGCGGCAGCAGGCAUCAGAGCUUGCGGAGACGACCGAAGAGUGCGUCUCGCUCCAGUCUAUGGCUCGUGGAGGAGCAGUGAGAACAUCCCUCGAGCAGCUGAGACAGGAUUUGCGCGAACAUACGGAGGCAACAAUUGACAUUCAGAGCAUGAUAAGAGCGAACGUUAUUCGGACCGAGAUCCAGUCACAGAAAAUGGCACUGGCAGAAGCAGAGCCCUCCAUUCUGGAAUUACAAUCUAUGAGCCGAGGCUCCAUGUUCAGAAAACGUGUGGCGGCCGACGCUGAAGCCCUACAAGCUGAAGCUAUGGUGAUUACACAUCUGCAAGCUCUCGCUCGUGCUGCAGUUCUCAGAAUCAAAGUUGGUGGAGAUCUGGACGCGCUUGAGGACUGUGAAGAGGAAAUCAGUCAACUGCAGGCUCAAAUCAGAGCGAUGCUAAUCCGUGUCGAAGUUGGCCAAAUGCUGGCAGCCCUCGCUGCCGAGGAAGAUUACAUCAUGGAGCUCCAGUCGAACAUACGUGGAUACCUUGUCCAUUCGAAGUUUGAAGAGAAACGUCAAUAUUACCGACAGAACAUGGAGAAGGUGAUCAAGGCGCAAAGCUAUGUGCGAGGAAGAAUACAAGGCCAAGCAUACAAGAGUCUUACUACGGGGAAGAACCCUCCCGUAGGAACUGUCAAAGGCUUUGUACACCUUCUGAAUGACAGUGAAUUUGACUUUGACGAGGAGAUUGAGUUUGAGCGGACACGAAAGAUGGUGGUUCAGCAAGUUCGACAGAACGAGCUAGCGGAACAAUACAUCAGUCAGCUCGACAUCAAAAUCGCUCUGCUGGUGAAGAACAAGAUCACUCUUGAUGAGGUUGUGAAGCACCAAAAGCACUUCGGCGGGCACGUUGGCAGCCUGUUGCCGAACAGAGAAAUCUCGUCCAAAGACCCUUUCGAUCUCAAGGCUCUGAACAAGACAUCAAGAAGAAAGCUCGAACAAUACCAAGUACUCUUCUUCCUUCUUCAAACUCAGUCGCAGUACUUGGCCAAACUCUUUCGGCGUCUCCGUGAGCUUAAUACCCCCGAGAAAGAAUAUGACCGAAUUAGACACCUGAUGAUGGGGCUUUUUGGUUACUCACAGAAGAGGCGAGAAGAGUACUAUCUGAUUAAGCUGCUCGCUCGUUCCGCACGUGAAGAAAUCGAAAGCUUUGACUCGCUGCAUGAGUAUCUGCGCUGCAAUGCAUUCUGGAACAAAUUGUUCGCGUCUUAUAUCAAGUCUCCACGAGACCGCAAGUUCAUGCGGGAUACGUUGGGUCCUGUUGUGCGGGAGAAUAUUAUCGAGAAUCCUGAACUGGACUUGGAAAGUGACCCGAUGCAGAUCUAUCGCUCGGCCAUCAACAAUGAGGAGCUUCGAACUGGAAAGAGGAGCAGGCGUCGACCAGAUAUCCCCCGAGAGGAGGCGAUCAGAGAUCCGGAAACGCGGGCGACCUUCAUCCAAAACCUCCAGGACCUCCGUGAUAUCGCCGACCAAUUCUUCUCUGCCUUCGAAGAGCUACUAUAUCGGAUGCCCUUCGGCAUCCGAUACAUUGCAAAAGAGAUGUAUGAGUGUUUGCUCUCGAGAUUCUCUAGAGAAGACCCUGGAUUCGUUCUUCAGACCGUUGGCCACUGGGUGUGGAGGAACUAUUUCCAGCCUGCCAUCUUCGAACCAGAAAAGUACGGUGUGGUGGACCGCGGGUUGACUCAGGAGCAGAAGCGAAACCUUGCUGAGAUCGCCAAAGUCAUUGCGCAAGUAGCCUCUGGACGACUUUUCGGUGCAGAGAAUGUCUAUCUCCAACCCUUGAACAACUAUAUUGGCGACUCGAUUCAACGACUUGGCCAGAUCUGGGGCGACAUGAUCUCUGUCCAGAAUGCGGAAGACUAUUUCGACAUCGAUGAGUUCAAUGACCUCUACGCCAAGACUAAACCCACCUUAUACAUUAAGAUGUCCGACAUUUUCUCCAUCCAUCAACUUGUGGCCAGUGAAAUUCACUACAUCUGCCAAGCCCAGGACGAUAUCCUGAAGGAAGUCAUACGUGAUCUUGGGAAUGUGAAGUCCAAUGAGAAUGAGUUGAUGAGCGUAAAUUCUUCUGAAAUUAGCCUGACUCUGAACCCUAAGCUUGCACAGGUCGAAGAAAAAGACCCAGAGGCAGAUGUGAAAGCUCUGUUCAUGGAGACGAAACGGUGCAUUUUGUAUAUCAUCAGAGUUCAGACAGGUGCCAACCUGUUGGAGAUCAUGGUCAAGCCACCUACUGAGGAAGACGAAGACAAAUGGAUGAUGCUGGUGCGCGACGAGUUGAGUGCAAACAAUACCAGACGAAGCGCAUACGCGGAGGCGAACACAAUGGUCGACAUUGCUUCCAUGAGUUACUCCGAGCUUAAGCGGACGGCGCUUGAAAAUAUCCUUCAACUCGAACAAACCGGCAAGAUUCGUCGCGACAAUCAUUAUCAAGAUCUUCUCAACGCCAUCGCCAUCGACAUCCGGACAAAGCACCGCCGCAGAAUCCAACGGGAGCGGGAGUUGGACAGCGCACGGAUGACUCUAGCACGUCUCAAUGACCAAGCUGUCUGGCUGGAUCAGCAGCUGAAAACAUACAAUGACUAUAUCGAACAGGCCAUGGUCACCCUACAGAAUAAAAAGGGCAAGAAGAGGUUUCUCAUGCCUUUCACCAAGCAAUGGGACCAUCAGCGUGAACUUCAGAAAUCGGGCAAGGUGUUCAAGUUCGGCUCCUACAAAUACUCGGCCCGCAAUCUGGCCGAUAAGGGGGUCCUUGUACACUGGAAAGGUUACACCGAGCGCCAGUGGGACCGUGUCGACCUGACGAUUUCGAGUAAUGAAGUUGGUGUUUUCACUUUGGACGGCAGCAGUGGACCCAUGAUGAUCCCUGGUGCUAACGCCCAGGUGCCCUUAGACGACCUGCUUCAGGCUCAGUUCAACAACAUGCAAUUCCUUGAUUUCUUCGACGGACAGCUCCGGGUGAACGUCAACCUUUUCUUGCAUCUCAUCAUGAGGAAGUUCUACAACGAGUAGUCGAGAACCCGAUGACAUGAUGAUGUUUUUUUUUGCUUUGCUUUUUCCUUUUCAUCCACAUCAAUUUCCCUUAUGUCAAUGUGAUAUCCCAUCUCUUUUCCUGUUAUGACAUGUUGAACAUGAUGAGAGCUCGGCGAGUAUGAUGCACAGAGACGAGCUCCUUGUUUUCCACGAUUACCCCUUCUUGUCAGUUGCUAUGAUUUUUACCCCCUUG